AUGGGAUUCAAACUCUUUCUUGUGUUUGUGGCCCUGACUGCUGUAAUCAAUCUGUCUGGUCGCUGCAGGGGACAGUCCAAGUCCAGUAUAUGUAUCCUUAUUCCUUGUGGGAAAGAGGUUAGAACUGAAAACUCGUGUAGAAAUCUUUUUCUUCAUAAGUUAACACUACUUGAUACCAUGUCUAAUCUGUCUAUUCAGUAUAGUUUUCCUUGUAAUAUAUACAACACCAUCUCUUCGAUUAUCUUAGCUUUGUAAAUGUUGGUUUUGAAUAAGCAGCAUUUUUCAUUCUUUCCAUAAAAUGGGUCAAUUGAAAGAAGAAAAGUAAACUUUUACUUGUAACACCUAAAACAGAAAGUAAGUAACAACCGAAUUAUAACAAUAACUACUAAAAGAAAGGGUGCUAAAAGUUCACAAAAAAGUGACGAAUAACAACACAAUUACAAAAAAAAAAACCAAAAACAAAGAGAAAGUGACUGACCUAAUUCAGUAAAAUUUAUAAUGCACUUUUUUGCAUAACAACGGCACCUCCCCGAGGCUAUAAAAUUUGCAGGUUUUUUUCUUUAAAACAAUCUGAAAAAGACUAUGACAGGGUUGAAGAUACUUGUUUGAUGAAAAUGUUGGAAAAGAAGACUUAAAACAUCACACGUGUUUAACAGAUAUAUCGUCCCAGUCUGAUCUUCGGGGACAAAAGGAAAAUAAUUCUAAUUGCAACACAACUGUCACUUAUUUGUGUUAGCCAUUCCGGGCCAGUCAAGGCACGGUUAAGAUGUGUUAACCGUUUGAGGGUUUGAAGUUUCUUUUUAACUAUUGGCUUUCUCAAAUCAAUCGUUUUUAUUUUUAUUUUUAAUUUUCAGGACCAGGUGAAUGAACCUUCUCCUCUCAAAAGCGAUGAGCUGGAACCAAACUCAAUGAAAAGAAGCCACAAGAUACGUUUAGCUGAGUUGUUAAGAAACAAGCGACAGAGGGCCUACGAAGAUUUUAUGUUUGAAAAUCAGAAAGAGUGAAGCAAGGGGAAAAAAUGCAUGCUGUAAGGAGGCAGAUAUAAGCAUAAGCAAGAAAUGGUGUUUCUGAACUGAGAAUCAUGCACGUUGUUAUUCACUU